GACCUAGUCACAUUGUAAAGAUAAGCAGCAGCAGCAGCAGCAAUGGAGGCCUCUGAAGCAGAAGCUUCAACUCAGAGCGACAGAAAAGAGGACACUGUACCAUCAGUUCAGGGACAAGAUGGACCAGAGUCAAAGAAAGUGUCUUUAAAAAGGACCGGAAACACAAAAGCAAAGAAGACAAAAAAGCCCCGAGUCUCCAGAACUUUCCGACCAGGUUACACCGUCCACGAAGGGGAAGAUAUGCUUCUCGUUAUAUCGAGCAGCACUUCGCAGUACAAUUAUUCAGCCUGGGUGCCCAAAAAGAGGGGAAGGAAGAAGAAGGCAGCAGGAGGAAAGUUAAAAGGUACACAAGUUAAGACGAAAAAGGCGGUCCGUGCCAAACCGAAACUGGAAAAUGAACCAGUCACCAAGGAAGAAGAGGUCGUGGAUUUGUCCGUGCCUCAGAGAAAAGGCGACCACAGAUGGGGCCAAAGUCUGCCUGAGGAGCUGCUGAUCAAUAUAUUUAAGAUGGUGGUCGAUCAGGAAGGAGCUGUGCCUUUCCUGUGCAGAGCGGGCAGAGUGUGUCGGCUGUGGAACGUCGCUGCCUCCAGUCCGGUUCUGUGGCACCGAGUGACCGUGGGUCACUGCUGGAUCGCACCGGGCAGGAAACAGCUGCCCCAGACUGAGAUGAAGGUCAAGGACACUUUAUCGUGGCUGGCAGAGCACAGAUUCUCCCAGCUGAGAGAUUUCUCUCUGUGUCACUGGACAAAGAAUGUUGACUUUACUUUAGAGACAGUUUCACAGUUCUGCCCUCACCUUCGCUCCCUGAAACUCUCCCACUGCGGCGGCGUGACGGCGAAAGGCUUCAGCAGCCUCGGUCUGCACAGCCGCUCGCUGCAGAGCUUAAACCUGCAGUAUUCAGAGUUUAACGCGCUUGGAUUCCUGGCUUAUCUUCACGGUCACGGCAGUCAGAUCAAGCAGAUUCUGUUCACUCAUGGGCCGAAGAACGACAGGCUUCUGACCGCCAUCACUAGGGGGUGCUGUCCUGAUCUGGAGCUGCUGGAGGUCAACAGUGAGCUGGACAGUAAAGACUGUGAACUUCCUUUUUGCAUACGGGCUCUGCAGGUCUCCUGCCCCAAACUCAAGACCUUCCGGAUGCUGAACGUCAGACCUCGGCCCAAGGCGAUCCAUACCAGCACUGAUUUCCUUUCAGGCUUCCCGCUGCUGGAGGAACUCUGCAUCGCGACCACGCAUGAUUGCUACAUGAGAGACAAAGAUCUGCAGGAUAUUCUGUUUGACUCCCCUAAACUGCAAGUGCUGGACCUGCGAGGCUGUUUGAGAAUCACACCAGCUGGCCUGGCGAUGUUGCCCUGUCUGGAACUCGAGUGUUUGUUCUGGGGACAGUACUUCAGCCCCCAUCUUAGUACUUCACCUGUCAAAGGACUUCACUUGGUGACCCAGAAGUGGAGUCAGACGCUGCGGCAGCUCGAUAUUGCAAACCGUCCCUUCCCAGAGAAGGACCUGGAGUUAGCGAUGAGUCACCUCGCUCAGGCGGCUGAGGCAGAUACGCUGCAAUCACUGAACCUCAGUGGAACCAAAAUCACUCCUCAGGCCCUCAGGUCAGUGGUCGGCCAGGCCACUGCUCUAGACUACCUCAACCUUUCAUCCUGCCGCUACCUUCCGAGAGGAGCGAAGAGAAUCUACAGAGGCCAAGAAGACAUUCGCCAGCUGCUGGACAAACUGGUGUAGCUCUGUUGUUCAUGUGGCUCCAGAAAUCCACAAGGCAGCUUUAAAUGUCUUAAUAUGCUUUGUAAAUGUUUGAUAUAUGUACGUUUGGUUCAAACUUGACACUUCAAAAAAUGGUUAUGAACUUGCAGGAUAUAAAUGCAUUUAUACGGAUCAUCUCGAUUGCAAAGCUACACUGACAUUUAUUUGUAUACAUUAGAAGUUCUUUGGAUUUAUGAUUUGCCUUUUUUUUUCUACAUUUUUUUAAACUACAAAACUGAGCAACAUAAGCAAC